AGGUAUGGAAUCCAACCAUGGAAUGGAUUCAAGGCUAGGUCAGUCACACUUGUGGUUCACAAAUUCUAGCACGACAGCUUUCAACCUCAAAAAAAAGAGGAACAGAGUUUUGAACCGAUGGUGGUACGAGAUGUAUCGGCUUAUGCUUUUGCUUAUCAUAUCCAGCUUUUAAACAAGUGGUUGACAUUUUGUUCUUUGUAUCAGGUUUGAUUUAGAAUUUUGGAUUUUCUUAUUUCUUAUGUUGUUGAAGGCUAUGCUAAAAAGUCUUACUGUCAAAUAUUAAAAUUCUAUCCAAAGUUGUUUCUUCUUUAAGCUCUGCUACUUUUUUAGGCUUAUGUAUAGACAAAGAUUUGCUAUCGUUGCGAAUUGUGUUGGUCAGUUGGAUAAUAUGAAAUCCAUUGUUGUAAUAGUGGUGGCAAGACUCAAGGUUAAACACCAUAUGUGGCAUUCUGUUGCUCAGAUGUAGGUGUAUUGGUUUUUUGUUUGUUUGCCUUUUGGUUAAGGUCACUGAGCGUCUUUCUUUAUUGUCACUUUGAGGCCACCGAGCGUCUUUAUUGUCAGUAAACUCUAAUGAGUUAUUAUUUCUGCCCUUCACGGAGGGAUAUUGAGAGAAACUCAAAUGCUAGACAAAACACAAAUACAAACGCUCCACCACCACUCCGCCAGACUAAACUGACCGUUACAUGCCAGCACCAGCACUCACCGCGUUUGUUCAGAAGAUCAUUUGAGGCAACUCUUGAUAGGAGUCGUCUCAACCUUUUCACACAAUGCGUCCUGGCCAUGUUUCUUCCUUUCAAUUUACACCAAUAUAUAUUGGGUUAAAAAUUUUAAAAACGAAUUCAACUUAGAGCAUGUUUGGCUAAGCUUUUCCAACCAACUUAUUGACUUAAUCAAAAAGCCAAUAAAGAGUUUUAGUGUUUGGCAAAUGCAAAAGUCCUUUUCAAAAUGACUUUUUGAGAAGGAAAAAAAGUUAUCAAAAAGUCAUUUUUUAAAAAGUUAGAAUGUUGUGACUUUUUGAACUAACUUAUUGACUUAUUAGCUUUUAGUCAUUUUACAUCAAUAAGCUAAGUCAAACACUUUUUAAAACACAACUUAUUGACUUAUUGGCUUUUCCCACCCCAUAAGUUAAUCUAAACACUUUUUUUAAAAACUCCUUUUCAAAAAGUUAUAAGUUAAUAAGACUUUUAACUUAAAUAAGCUUAGCCAAACAUGCCCUUAAAAUCGCCAAACCAAAAACCAUACAAAGAAAAAGCGGUCAGGAAGUGGGAGCGAAUUCGAACCUUAUUUCACAGCCGACAAAGAAGUGAGUGAGCUUGGUUCUAACAUCCAACCAAACACUAAUGGAAGAAGAAGAGCACACUAAUUCAACCAAUCAAACCGAUGCCGAUCAUAUUCUAACUCCGAUUCAUAACACCGAUUCAACCCAUCAACACAACAACGGUAACCAAAUUCCUACUCAAAAUCAGGUAAUCGUACCACCAAUUCUAGGUCUUGAUGACACAUUUACAUAUGAUAUUCAUAACGCCCCCGACUCCGAUUCACUGCUAUGCGAAAUACUUUCUAGAUUGCCUCUUAAAUCAGUUUUUAGGUUCAAAUGUGUUUCCAAACACUGGCUAAACCUCAUCUCUCAACGUUCGUUUUCCCGGUUUUGUAUCUCACGUAUGUUAACGGCCAGCACAGCAUCUUCGUCGCUGCCUUUCAGAAUCUUGUAUAGGUACAUUUACGAGUCGGAUAUUCAACAUGUUCUUGAUCGGUUCGGUCCCGAAAGUUACAAUUCAUCUGGACUUUUGCUGUUCAGGGAACAAGAAAAAGCUGUCAGGUUUAAAGUUUUAGCUGUGAGUAAUGGCUUGAUUUUGUGUUGUUCAUUGGGUCUUCAGGUUUACUACGUUUGUGAUCCGGUGAGUCGGCACUGGGUUAGCUUGGGUAGAAGAGCGCGUACUUUCUUUCUGGAAGGUUUUGUGAGUAGGGUUAAUGAGAAUAAUGAUGUUACUAGCUAUAAAAUUGUGAGAGUAGAAAUGCGCAAGUCGUCAUUGAAUUAUCUCAAUUUAGAUAUGUAUUCGUCUGAAACGGGGAAAUGGGUUGAGCAUAGUUUACUUUGUCCUAAUCCGAUUACACACGUGAAGCGUGGUGGAGGUCCUAUAAGCUUUAAUGGGAUUCUUCAUUGGUUUGUUUAUAACCAUGGUAUGGUUGCUUUUGAUCCUUAUGAGGAUCUGAAAUCUAAAUCUUGUCGACUUAUCUCGUUUCCAGCUGACAGGGAUGUUCAAAGUGAGGUUAUGCAUGACGGGCUUUAUCGUUUAUGUGACGGGUGUCUAGGAAAGCUUCGUUUUUUUGAAGUGGCGCCUGAUCCCUAUUCGUGUUAUUGUUUUAGUAUGUGGGAUAUGAAAGAUUAUGAGAAAGGAGAAUGGUGUUCUGAAUUUAAGGUGACCCGUAGUGAUCUUUCGUCUUCUGAUCCUGAAUUGAAGAGCUGGUUAGGGAAAGCUACUUUUCUCCCAUUAUCUUUCCAUCCGUUUGAUCUGGAUAUCGUUUAUCUGAGAUGUGUGGAGCUUGCUUGUGUGGUGUCAUAUAGUAUUCAGAACAGAAGGCUAGAUGUUGCCUGUCAACCUACUGGCGUUGUUGACGACCUGUCAUGGCGUGUGGUGGUGCCAUUUGUGAUUACAAGAUGGCCAACAUCAGUUCCUAUUCCUCCUGUUCCAAAGAAGAAGGUUGUUACGCCAAAAGACGAAACCCCAACGGGAAGGUAGUUGUUGAAGGAAAACUAGUCGGGAAGGAAAAGUCAGGGUUUAGAGACUUAUGUUAACGUGAAGAUUUAUUUCUAUAAAAUAUUUGUUAAACUUUGUAAUGUAUUGUCCAAGACUAUCUUAUGUUUUACUUUUAAGGAUUGUAUUUAUAUGGUUUCCCAGUUUUUUUUAAAACUAAAUUCGCUUUUUAAGUUAUAAUUAUGAAAUCUUAAAGCAUUGUUCAUA